AAUUUGUCCAAACACACAGGAAAACUGGAGAAACAUCUGAGAUCCACAUGACACUAUUAUAAAGAUGGCGUUGGUUAAACAGGAGAGUGAAGACAUAAAGAUUGAAGAAGUGUUCAGCGUGAAACAUGAAGAUACUGAGGAACAAACAGACGUGAUGCACCUGAAAGAGAAGAGUCAAGAACUGGAGGAAUUUGAAGUUAAAAAUGAGUAUGAGAAAGAUCAUGAUUUCAAAACUGAAGAAAAAUCUUUUAAUUGCUCAAUGACAAAAAAGGUUUCCUCACGAAAAAAAGCUGUGAAGACAAAAACUAAAAGUGUUUUCACCUGCCAACAGUGUGGAAAAAGUUUCGCUCGAAAAUCAAACCUUAAUGUACACAUGAGAAUUCACACUGGAGAUAAGCCGUUCACCUGCCAACAGUGUGGGAACAGUUUCAUUCGUAAAUCAAGCCUUGAUGUCCACAUGAGACUUCACACUGGAGAAACCCCAUUCACCUGCCCACAGUGUGGAAAGAGUUUCAAUCAAAAAUCAAACCUUAAUAUUCACAUGAAACUUCACACUGGAGAAAACUCUUUCACCUGCAAUCUGUGUGGGAAGAGCUUCUCACGAAAAGAAAAUCUACAGAUUCACAUGAGAAUUCACACAGGAGAGAAGCUGUCCACAUGUGAUAAGUGUGGAAAGAGUUUUUCACUUAAAGGACUCUUUAAGGACCACAUGAGAAUUCAUUCAUGUGCCUUUACUGUGGAGUGACUCAACAUAAGCAAGCCUUGAGAUUCACAUGAAAAUUCACACUGGAGAGGAGCCUAUCAAAGAGACUUGAAACAUCAUUUGCAAACCUUUUCUCUAAAGAAACUUAAAUGUUCCAAGUCUGCC